CUCAUUCUUUCCCAUACGUAAUUGAUGUCUGCCUGUGUUCUUAGCUUUAGCUGUCUUGCGUCCAUUUUAGUCCAUGCCACGGCCGUCUCCCCAACGGAUGUCGCAUCAUGGCGACCGUGAAUCAGAACAUGUUUGAGGCCAGUGUCACUACUGACCGGCCACAAGGCGCCCCGUUAUUGGUUCUGCCGCUGAAUUUGAUCGCUCUCAUUAUCUCCUCCCUCGACGAUCCCGGUGACCUCGCUCGUCUCUGUCGAACAUGCCGCGUGCUCAAUUAUAUGACUCUCCCUCAGCUGUACAGGAACAUCACCUUGACCUCCUAUGACAAAAUCCGCUAUCGCGAUGACCAGCCCGAGGGCAUGGGGAGCGCCAGCCCGUUCUCCAUGGGGCUCAACGCCGUCAUCACGCGGCCCUACGGCAACCUGGUGCGGUCGUUGACGCUCCGGGGCAAUUGGCGCGAAUCGGAGCUGGAGGAGCAUGCGCGGGUCGGCCGGGUGCCGGAUUCCUCGAUGAUGCUGAACAUCGCCGUCCGGGCGGCCGUGGACAAGAUGCUCGACCUGGAGAGCUUCAGCUGGGAGCUCAACACCAAGAUGAUGGAGACCGUCUACCUGGGACUGGCCCAACUGCCCAAGCUGACCUCGUUGACCCUCCGGUUCCCGUCCAGUCGCCAUCCGCGCCCGACCAUCGUCAUCCCGGCUAUCCCGCAUCUCCGGUACCUGAAGAUCACCGACAUCGAUCCGCUCUGCUAUCCUGAUGACAUCUCCACGUUGCUGUUUCGGUGCCGGAAGCUGCGCGAACUGAAGAUGCACUGGUCCCCGCGCAUGCGCAUCGAGCAGGAGCCCAGCGUGAUGCUCCACGACUACUUCCGCAAGUGCAUCGCCGCGAAACGGCCGUUAUCCAUUCGCAAGAUCGGCCUGCAGAAUCUGUAUGCGCUACAUACCGAGGAGUUCAAUCUUGCCUUCGCCCAACAUCCUAUGGAGGAGGUGACUAUCCUUAAUGACAUUGGCUCGGAUGUUUCGAUGAAUACGUUCGUGGACAGCACCUGGCCGACCAUCCCCCAGAACGAGAUCCAUAUCAAAUGCAUCCGACAAGAUGCAUUGUCGCGACGGCAUGCUGAUUUCAUUGGCCAUUUUACGGGGCUGGAGAAGAUGUAUUUUGUCAACGCCAGCUCCAACCCCAAUCACGACAUCAAUUCGCCGCGACAGCUUGUCUCAGCCACGGCGCUCACCCCACCGCAGUCCGAUACCAACGGCUCGAUGACAUACAAUUCUGCCGCGAACACCCCGGUCAACUCGCCCAGUCUGCAGGCGACCAUUCGCGACUGCUACUUGAAUAACAUCAUCUCCAACCAUGCCUCCACCCUUCGGCAUCUCCUACUUCCCGCGCGCUGGCCGCUAUCGGCCAACACGGUGGCACGCCUUGUGCACGCCAGUCCGCAACUAGAGCAACUAGGCUUCGCUACAGAAUUCUCGACCAUGGACACCUUGGGAUUACUCUUACCCUUCCUUCGCCAGCUGACCGCACUGCGAAUCCUUGUACCCACUGGCUCUACCUCCGACCAACCCCGCGGCUCCCAGCCUUCGUCCAAGCUGUUGACUGGCCAAUCCUCCAAACUCUCCUCCCGCUCCGCCAACGCUCUCGCCUCAGCACGCACCCUGCAGGACCUCGUCGAAACUGACGACGAGAUUCUCAUCGAGAAACUCAGCGGCACCCUCGCUGACCAACAAAUUUUCCACCGGCUGAAAGUCCUCGGUCUUGGCCGCAAAGCUUUUCUUCUUGGCGGCCACUACACCAUCCCCUCGGAUCCGCCGAAUAACCACCACGCCGAGCCCCAAACCCCGAUUGCCUCCCGUGCGCCGAGCGCCGAGGGCAGCAAGAGUCGCGAGCGAAGUCCGCAGCAACAGCAGCACCUCAAUUAUGCCAUAGCAUUGGAGAAAGACCUCCCCAACGGCAACCAGCAUCAUCACGCCACUUACAGCCCCUCAAUGAUUCCCGCCCUCAAUCACCGUAACCAGCCACCUCCGAACACCGUCCUGGGUAAACGGACCCGAGACGAGGAGGAUACGCCACCUGCCCGUACCGUGGAGACUGUCCAAACCCCAAUCGAAGACGACGAUGAUCACUGUCUUCCGAAGGUAUUCCGGGAUCAGCGCGGUCGUGAAUGGCGGCGGAAGGUCCGUCGGGUUGGUUGGGAGGUAUUACAGCAUUGGGAGAUCUGGGGGCUGGAUAAGCAGGAGUUAUGAAGUGUUGUCGUUGUUGCUUGGUUGGAUUUAAGGAACUUAUACCCUGGAGUUUUGUGUUUGACUUUAACUUAAGGUGUGCUUUUGGGCGGCCGGCGGUAGUUUCUCGUUGAGGGACGGUCGUUCUGCUGUGUACAGUGUUGGAUAUCUGUACUGGGUCCAUGGUGUGGAGAUGGAUGGACAUACUAUUAAGAUAUGUGAUGUGAUGUGAUGUGACCAUUACCACAUACUCUGCUUAUGGAUAAUAGAAAUCUAGAAG